UUGGUACUCAUGCAGACAAUAGAGAUGAGAGUGCAUAUGGACUGCCCCGGAUGCGAGAGCAAGGUUAGAAGUACACUUCAGAAGCUAAAAGGUAUAGACAACGUUGAGAUAGACAUGGCUCUGCAGAAGGUCUCAGUGACCGGGAGGGCAGAUCUAGACCAAAAGAAAGUUCUCAAGACGGUUCGAAAAACUGGACGAAGAGCUGAGCUCUGGCAAUUCCCCUUGAUUAAUUCAAAUGCAGACAACAGCUAUGUGUACAAUCAGAGUCAGUGUAAUGGCCCGAUCAAUCACUAUGCUCCGCAGCCUUCCUCAUCUUACAACUACUACAAGCACGGUUAUGACAGUGGUUCUUCUUCUUCUAACUAUGCAUAUUCUCACAACCCUGCACAUUCCUCCGUUUACGGGUAUCAACCUACGACAGCCUUCAGUGACGAGAACCCUAAUGCUUGUUCUGUAAUGUGA